GGGUGUGAGCAUGGCCUCCCGGGACCUGCCACCCGUCAGCAGCUUCACCCCGGCCGAGGUGCCCUCGGGGAUCGGGCUGCUGAUCACCAUCCCUUUCGCCUUCUUGCUGCCGGAGGUGGUUUUCGGCUUCUUUGUCUGGGUCCUGGUAGCGGCCACCCAUGUGGCAAACCCCCUGCUGCAAGGAUGGGUGAUGUACGUCUCACUCACUUCGUUUCUCAUCUCUCUGCUGCUCCUGCUGUCGUACUUCUUUGGACUUUACAAAAAAAUUGAGUCGUGGAAAGUCCUGGACAGCCUGUACCAUGGGACCACCGGCAUCCUGUACAUGAGUGCGGCCGUCUUACAAGUACACGCCACCAUCCUCUCUGAGAGCAACAACGUGCGGAUCUACUACAUCAACACGGCUGCCUCGUUCUUCGCCUUCAUCACCACACUGCUCUACAUCCUCCAUGCCUUCAGCAUCUAUUACCGGUGAGGCAGCCGGCAGGCGUGCCCAGGGAGAAAGCCCACCGGAAGCCCGGAUUGCC